AUGGUAGAGAAUCAUGAGGCUCAAUUUGGUAACAUAAAUGCCCAAUUGUCCAACAUCACCGAGAUACUUUCAAAGAUGGCUCUACCUUCCUCCAACAACACCAACCAACCUUCAAACUCUUCUAACCUUCCAUCCCAACCCCUUCCAAACCCAAAGGGCGGUCUCAAUACCAUCACUCUACGGUCGGAGACCACAUUGGAGGAGAUACCUCCUAGGGUCAUGGAAGACAUUCAUGAGGAGAAAGUGGUUGUUGAAGUUCCAUAUGAAGAAGAGGAGGUAGACACAAAGCAAGAUGAAGAAGUGAGCCUUAAGGAGCCCAAUAGGAAGGCUAUAAUGGAUGAAUCCAUUCCCAUCCCAUUCACUUCCAUGGUGAAGAAGGCCAAGAAAACUCCGGAGUUUGAUUUAAACAUGCUUCAAGUAUUCAAGAUGGUUGAGAUAACUAUCCCACUUUUUGAUGCCAUUCAACAAAUUUCGAAGUAUGCUAUGUUUUUAAAGGACUUGUACACACACAAAGAUAGGAUUGGUGAGUUGGAAACAUUAUCAUUGGGUAGUUCCAUUUCUUCAUUGAUGAAGCCUAUUCCAGAAAAGUGUAGUGACCCCGAACCAUGUUUGGUGUGUUGUUGUAUUGGUGGAUUUACUUUUCAUGACUUCGACAAGAAUGUGAUCACCGUAGUAGGGAUAGCGGAAGAUGUACUUGUGGCAAUCAAGGAUUUGGUGUUUCCGGUUGAUUUUUAUAUUCUUGAAAUGCCUCCGAUGGAGAAUAAAAGCUCCUCCUCUGUUUUGCUUGGUAGACCUUUCUUGAAGACCUCUAAAUUCAAGUUGGAUGCCUUUACCAGCACAUACUCUUUUGAGGUAGAUGAUAAGACCAUCAAGUUUAACUUGGAAGAGACCAUGAGACACCCACCUGAAGAGCAUUCCGUUCUCCGGUGUGAUGUGAUUGAUGAGGUAGUGGCAGAGAUACAAAGAGAAGAUCACAAUAAGUUGUACUACCCUAUUGUUGAAGAGAAGGAUGACCAUGAGGGUGAACAAGAGAAAGUAGUUGAGAAUUAA